AUGGAAGCACAAGCAGGAGCCAACCAGAGGAUUGCAAGAAUCUCUGCUCAUCUCCACCCUUCAAAUUUCCAGGAAGGAGGUGAUGUUGCAAUUAACAAGGCUAACUGCAGAGCAAAAGGUGGAGCACCUGGAUUCAAAGUAGCAAUCUUAGGGGCUGCUGGUGGAAUUGGUCAACCCCUUUCUUUGUUGUUGAAGAUGAAUCCAUUGGUUUCGGUUCUUCAUCUUUAUGAUGUUGUCAACACUCCUGGUGUCACUGCUGAUGUUAGUCACAUGGACACUGGUGCUGUGGUUCGUGGCUUUCUAGGGCAGGCACAACUUGAGAAUGCUCUCACUGGAAUGGACUUGGUAGUUAUACCUGCUGGUGUGCCGAGGAAACCUGGAAUGACGAGGGAUGAUUUAUUUAAGAUAAAUGCUGGAAUUGUGAGGACUCUUUGUGAAGGAGUUGCCAAAAGCUGUCCCAAUGCAAUUGUCAACUUGAUUAGCAAUCCAGUGAAUUCCACUGUGCCAAUUGCUGCUGAGGUCUUCAAAAAAGCUGGUACAUAUGAUCCAAAGCGACUCUUAGGAGUUACAACCCUUGAUGUUGUGAGGGCGAAUACUUUCGUGGCAGAGGUACUUGGAGUUGAUCCAAGAGAGGUUGAUGUUCCGGUGGUAGGAGGUCACGCAGGAGUCACAAUAUUGCCUCUUUUGUCCCAGGUUAAGCCUCCCAGUAGCUUCAGUGCCGAAGAAGCCGAAUACCUGACAAAUCGCAUUCAAAAUGGUGGAACAGAAGUUGUUGAGGCAAAAGCUGGGGCUGGUUCUGCAACACUAUCAAUGGCAUAUGCAGCUGCCAAGUUUGCUAACUCGUGCCUCCAUGGCUUGAAAGGAGAAGCAGGGGUGGUGGAGUGUGCUUUUGUUGAUUCUCAGGUUACGGAUCUUCCUUUCUUUGCAACCAAGGUUCGUCUUGGUCGCGGUGGAGCAGAAGAGAUAUAUCAACUCGGUCCUCUGAAUGAGUAUGAAAGGAUCGGGUUGGAAAAAGCGAAGAGUGAGUUAGCAGGAAGCAUCCAGAAGGGAGUAGAAUUCAUCAAAAAAUAA